UACGUUUUGGUUCAACCAUCAACAUUUGAGAUAAUCAAACGUUUAGCCAGUCAGUAGCCGUAAGAUCAUCUUGCGUGCCGGUUGUUUGGCGGAUAAAAAAUCCAUUUAGAAAAAUAGAGAAACGAAAACAAAACUUAAGUUUUACACAAGUUCGCGAAAAAUAAAACAAACAAAAUACCCAAACCGAGUAUCUUUUUGUUGUGUUUCUUUCGUACGUGUUGAUACAAUCAUCUCUCGGGCAAUUGUAGGCUUCCUAUUAACAGCAACAACAACAAGCAAGCAAAGUCACUUGAAAAAAACCAUGCAAAUAAUUCCUCAAUGAAAUGUAAAAAAAUAUAAAAAACAACAACAUAAAAUAAAAUUUAUAAAAAUAUUAAUUGUCUAUGUUCCUAUACAGAAAGCAAAUAAAUAAAAAAUAUGAAAUUUUAAAAUACACAUUCCUAUUGAAAAUAAUAUAAAAUUAAAGAAAAUAUAUAUUAUCAUAAACUAAAUUAUAUUUGCAAAUUCAUAUUCAUUUUCAAAACCAAAAAAAAAAAUUAUACAUAUUCAGAAAAGAGAAAAUAUUAUACCUAUAUCCUCCGUUAAAAUACAACACGCCGUAAAACGUUUGAAUACAGUAAAUUCACGUUAACAAAAAAUUAAGUGCUAAAUCAAAAAUAUUAAUUAAAAAAAUAAUAAUAAAUAAAAUACAAAUCUAUGGAAAAUUUUAUUAGAGUGUGUGUGUGAGUUGUUGGUAGUAAAAAUUGUUUCUGUUUUACCUUUCACUAACCAAAUACCACAUUAAGCCCACUAACAUCUGAGUGAAUCAAGUCAGUGUUUUCAAAACAAACAAAAAAUAAUAAAUGAAUAAUUAAAAUAAUUUGAAUUUUGAAUACGCAAAACAACAUCACCUAUGGAUUAAUCGCACGUUUAAUUGUCUGCCUGCCAUCAAAGUUCAACCGUUUUUUUUGCAAAUUGACAGCCAAUGCCAGCGGUCUUAGCUAAGCAGCAAUUCCAUAAAACAAUACAACGCUACAUACAAAUAAAAAGCGAUACUUUUAAAUUUCGUUUCGUGGUUUUGUAGCCCUCGAGCAGUGUCAACUCUGAUACCCUUCGAAUAGUUUGCAAGUGACUCAUGUGGAUUUGGAUUUUGAAACAUUAAAUUGAUUCACAAUCAUCAUUCAUUUCAACGGAGAUUCAACCAAAUAUUCAGUGCUCUGGCUUUAAAUUAUCAAGCAGGGCCGAAUAAUUCAUACAUCAUUUUAAAUACUGAGCCGGAACAUUCUGUAUCCAUGCUAUCGGUACAGACGGCCGGCUGUGCGGGAAUGGAGCGGCUCGGCGUUCCGACCCGCACCACAUUGAAUACCCCACCAGACGAUAGUUUUGGAUUUUUCUAGGGGUCAAUUUAUUUGUAGAAUGCACAUAGAUGCUGCCAGAGAUCUAUUGGGGGUACGUAAUAGUGAACCUGUGAUUUGUGGCAGCAACAGCAAUAACCAUCAUCACCAGCUGCAGCAGCAGCAGCAACAUCUCCAACAGCAACCUCAACAACAGCAUAAUAAGCACCAACAUCACAACAACAGUGAGCAGACCACCCACCUCCAGCAGCACCACAAGCAACAGCAACAGCAGCAACAACAACAUCACCAUCAUCAACUCCUUGUCAGACAUCGCACAUCAGGGCCAACAAUAAACCCAACAGCAUCACAUCCUACCUCAGCCAGUGGCAACAAUAGUAGUAUUAGCAACAAUAACCUUAACAACAACACCAGCGGCAGCAGCAGCAACAAUUGCAACAACAAUUUAACGCCAAUGACCAAUAACACAGAUGGCAACAGUCGUGGCCUUAGCAAAGCUGCUAUUCCCAUUGUGUCCGCCAGCAAUAGCAACAACACAACCGCCGUCAACGCCACCAGCCAUUGUGGCAAAUUGAACAAAAUGUGCUGUGUGGGUGGCAAUAGCAGUGAUGGUGGAAGUAGUGGUGGUGGCAGUACACUGUCCUCCUGCUGCAGUAGCAUUGGUUCCCAGUGCUCGUUGAGUUCGCACAGCCACGAUCAUCAUCAGCACUAUCAGCACCAGUUGCAGCAGCAGAAGACACUUUGUUGUCCCCAUCAUGUUCCUUUGCCGGAUAGCGAAUGGAUACCCACAGAUCAGAGAUCGGGGCAAAUGCGUAGCAGUUAUCAGCACUCGGAGCUCACACGGUCCUAUAUUAAACCACCACCCAAUAAAACGGUUAAAGAUGUUCCAGAUCGUUCGUCGUACAAUUUUUAUUCCUCGGUAGCGCACAGUUCGAACUUAGGUUUGCAUUCCUUGACGUCAUCCCAAUCGUUGCCUCUAAGCAGUUCCACGGCAAGUGUGGCCAGCAGCACCUCCAGCGGCAGCAGCAGCGGCAGUAGUGGCGGCGGUGGUGUUGCCCCACAAACCAAAUCAAAACCAAAUGUGAUUACAAAAUUCUUCUAUCGCAAGAGCUCACCGAAAUCUCCUAAUAAUGUGGCCAACUCUAACUCCUCAACAGCCUCGCUGGCCUCGUCGACGGCAUCACUAAGCGGGUUUCCAGCGAAUACUAUGUACUCGAUUUUGAACUCCACAUCAUCGUCAUCAUCUUUGGCCUUUUCAUUGGGUUCCUCCAACUCUUCGCUGUUGUCUUCGGCCAGUGGCAGUACUUCGUCCACGAUGUCUCUGAAUUCACAGGCAUCGGCCACAGUUCCAGCAGCCUCUGCCUUAAGUAUGGCCCCUCUGGCCACACUGCCUGUAUCAACGGCAGCCACACUAAAGACAACACCCUGUGAUUAUGGCCCCAAUAUGCAACAAAACUCAGGAACAGGUGUUAAUAAUAUAUCCAUAGGUUUGGUGCCUAGUACCCAAUUGCUGACCACCAUUGGAGUUUCACAUCCCACAGCUACAAUAACAACAUUCCCACACACCAAUGCCGUGGAGCGUAUACCAACACCACCCUUGUCAGUAACGGUGCCCAUUAGUAAUGUAUACCACCAGCAACAACAAAGACAACAACAGCAAUUGUUGUUGGACUGUUUGGUUGGCGAUUCAGCAUCCGUAUCCAGCACCCUACAAAGCAUUAAAAGUAGUUCUUGCAGUCCCACUAUCAGUGCCGCCAAUGCCUUCAGCAGCAAUUCCGAUAACAGCAAAAAUGACGAUUCUGUCCAAAUGGAAUGUCAAUCCGGCAAUAUAACACGUAACAACAGUAGCAGUAGCAUGCAAAGUUUGUCCUCAGCUGUGACGGCAACACCGGUCGAAUGCAGUUGUCAACAUCCCAGUUGUAAAAAUUGCAGCAGCCACAGCACGGCCUGUACUGAUGCAACCACACCAUCGUCAUCAUCAUCAUCACCAUCCGCGUAGUAGUAGCUGAAAGAGUAACAUAUAUUUAAGAGCAAAACAAAAGAAAAACAAAAAGCAAAUAAUCACAGAUAUGUAACAGAACUUUCAAGGCAAUAUUAAUGUUGGAGUCGGAGCCAGAGACAUGAACAUUAAAUACAGGGGUACGUUUCGUGGUCAAUUGAUGGAGUAAUGGCUAAAUUUGUAUACUUAAGUUGAUGAUAUAUAAGAAGCUCGGUAUCGUACCAUGUCAUAUAAAUGACAAAUUAUAGGAGAAAUAGACGGUAGAAUUUGUGUGCCGCUAGGACCUCCCUUCAUAAUAUGCCAUGCCAUGAUGCCAAGCUGCUUAUAUAUCGUCACUUUUACAAAAUAGAUGUCCGAUAUUUGGCUUACAAUUUCGUAACUCAUCUUGUUAUAUAUUUGUAGCUUCUAAAGUUCGGAAUUUUGGUGGUUCCACCAACAAUUUUAAAAAAUAUUCUUUAAUUUGGAAAAAAUGGCAAAACCGUGUGUACAUUCGCUAUUUUCUUUUUUUCGAAAGCACACCUGGAAAGUUCACGGAAAACGAAAGCGAGUUUCUUGGGAAAGGAGGGAGUUGAAUGAUAAAUUCCUCAUUUUCCUCUAGUCUUCUCUCCUAACAGAAUAGUUUUUUUUUUUUAGCUUGGGAAACUUGAGAAAAAGUCCUGGCCACUUGAAAAUUGUUCCCCUGUAAAUAAUAACUGUCAAAACUCCUUCUAACAUUAGCUCAAAAGACUGUUAAUUAGAAUAAUGGAAACUUUAAGUGUACUAAAUCAUGUUCGUAGAAUUUGAAAAAUUAAAAAAAAAACAAAAAUGAAUCACUCAAAACUUUCAACUAUUGCAGAAAAUUCGAUGCAAAUUUUAAAAUAGAAAAAAAAAAAUAAUUAAAAUUGCUGCGAAUAAAUGUCCAACAACAUUUUUUUUUGGGUUUUUCUUAUUUCAACUCUAUAAUUUGAUAGAAUAAAUUCUGAAAGUAAUAUAACGUACAUAAAUACAUACAUAUAUAAACGUAUAAAUGUCUGUCUGUACCCAUAAGUACACAUAUAUAUUAAAUAAACACAUACACACACAUACAUACAUAUACUAUACAUACACACAACAAUCAUUUCCAUUUGUAACUAAUGUCGCUAUUAAAUAUUUUAUUUAAAUAUUAUAAAGAAAACAAAAACAACAA